AUGGAGAGCGCAUUGCUGUGCGAUGAUGAGAUCUUGCUUCGCACCGAGCAAGAUUUCCACAUUGCUGCAAAAACCAACAACAUCGAGAGGAUGCGGCUGCUGAUUGGAAGAGGGGUGAAUGUCAGAGCGAAGAACAGUGUAGACAGGACAGCCUUACACUGGGCGGCUGGAGCUGGGCAAGAGCAAGCGGUGAAGCUGCUGCUGGAACAUGACGUGUCCUUGGACGAGGAGGACUCUUUUGGAAUGAAUGCUCUACUGCUGGGGGCAUGGUUUGGACACCUCAAAGUUCUGCAGAUCCUGGUCAACGCCGGAGCCAAAAUCAGCUGUCAUAAUAAGAAUGGACUCAACCUGCUUCACUGUGCAGCGCAGAGAGGUCACAUCAAGGUCCUGGAGUUCAUCAUGGAGGAUCUGGAGAACAUCAGAGUGGACAAGCCAGACAAGUUUGGAAGAACCGCAUUUCACCUGGCGGCUGAACAUGGCCAGACAGAGGUGGUGGAGUUCCUGAUCGGAUCUGGGUGUCAGCACAGCCUGAAAGACAAGGAGGACAACACGGCUCUCCAUCUGGCAGCUAAGAAUGGCCACGCGGACGUCCUGCAGAAAAUUGUGGAAACCGGAGUGGAGCUGAAUGACACCAAUCUGGAGGGGAAUACAGCUUUGCAUAUGGCUACAGAAGGAGGGCACUUUGACUGCAUUAGAAUUUUGCUGGAAGCUGGGAGUGAUGUCAACAUGCAGAACGAGAAAGGAAUGAACAUCCUUCACUAUUGUGCUUUCCACGGACUGGAGGACAUUUGCGAGGACGUACGUGGCUCAUUUGAUGCAGGAAUUCUAAUAAUCAAUCAUUGCAGUAAACAAUCAAAAAUCAAGUGCUCUGCACAUCGCAGUCCUGCAGAAUUUCCCAGCUAUGGUGAAGCUUUUCAUUGACUGUGAAUGUGACCUGGAUCUCACAGAUUAUAGGUUGCAGACUCCUCUUCAUAUUGCGGCAGAACAUGGACGGCAGGACAUGGCGGAAAUGAUACUCAUUGCAGGUGUAAAUCUGAAGCUACAGGACAAGCAAGGAAAAACGUCUCUUGACGUGGCUGCUCGAGGAAAUCACAUAAACCUGGCAGAUAUGAUCGUCAAGGCAGACAGGUUCUACAAAUGGGAGAAGGACAAUCUGAAUAGUGACUCUGACUCCUGGGUGGCCAGGCAUCUGACCUUCAAACAAGACCAUCGACUAGAGACACAGCACAUUCGAUCCGUCAUCUGGAGACUGGCAACGAAAUACCUAAAACCUAUUGAAUGGAAGAAGCUGGCGGUGUACUGGAAGUUCACAGAUGCCCACAUCCGGGCAAUAGAUCAGCAAUGGACAGGAAACAAAAGCUACCGGGAGCACGGGCACAGGAUGUUACUGAUCUGGCUGCAUGGAGUGGUGAUGGCGGGAGAAAACCCCAUUAAAGGAUUGUUUGAGGGACUCGUAGGCAUCGGGAGGAGAGACCUGGCAGAAAGCAUUCGGAAGCAAGCAAAUGCCGAGGAUUCUUCACCAAAGAAGUGCACAGCCAUGUGA